AGAGCUCAUAAGGAAAUGCGGACAAAAUGAGACUCAAAUGCAAAUGAAAUGAAUUAUUGGGUUUGCUUGUGGGGGCCUUGCCAAAUGGAAAUCCUCUCUAUAUAUAUACAUGCCCAGCCCUCCAAAACCCAGCUUAUGCGUAAGCCAAUAUAAUAAAUAAUUUCAAUGGAGCUGUGAAAUUGGGUUUCGUGGGUUUUUUCCUUUCCUUAAUUGGGUCGCCGGGAAUUAUUGAUUCCGUCUUCGGAAUCUGAUUGAUUAUGACAUAUGGCGAAGGGCCGGAAACUGACGCAGAGCCGCAGCGAACGGUUGCUCGGAAGCUACAGCAGCUACAGCCACGCUCAUGACUCGCCGGAGCUCGGCGAAGACGACGUCUGGUCGAUGGUGAACACCGUGGACGAAAGGGAAGACCCCGAAAUCGAGAAUUCGCACGGAGAUUGGAGCCCACGCGCCUCCGCUGAGACAAACGGGGGCGUCUCGUCGAGGAGGAGCCGCCGAAUUGCGCGGGAAGAUGGCAACGUGGGUGGCCUGUCAUUGGCUUUUGACGAUUCAGGAAAAACGGCGUCAUCACCUAGGAUCGUGCACCAGUUCCGCGGACACGACAGCGUGGCGUCCCCACGUGCUCACCACAUGGCCACGUCAGCUCCCGUGAACGUGCCGGACUGGAGCAAGAUUCUCCGGGUCGACUCGGUGGACUCCCUGUACGAGUUGGACGAGGAGUUGGAUGGGAAUGGCUCGGAGAUGAUCCCGCCACACGAGUACCUAGCGCGUGAGUACACGCGCGGCGCGACGUCGGUUUUCGAAGGCGUGGGGCGGACCCUGAAGGGCCGGGACAUGCGGCGGGUAAGGGACGCGGUGUGGAGCCGGACCGGGUUUGAUGGUUAAUUGUGAUUAGUGUUAGGAUUAGGAAGGGAGUUUUAUUAUUAAAAAUGAUUGGAUUUGGGAAGACGUCGUAGUGGAGAUUUUAAUCUUAUUGUUGUGAAAUGGUAUUUUUGCAUUGGGCAAUGAUUCAGCUGAGUUAAUAGCCUCGGUUGCGAGUGAGCCCAAUUUGCCCAAACAUUUGAAUUCUGAAUCUGGGGAUUGUAUUGAGUUCCUUCUUUGGUCUUUUUCUGUCCUGGGUUGAAUUUUGGAAAUCAAUUUGUCUUAUAUAAUUUGGUAA